AUGCAUUUACUGUUAAUAUUAAUGCUUCCUCAUGCAAAAUCUAUAAGAAACUGGACAUCUUCAUUAAAUGGCAAACCUGGAUUUUUGAAAGAAGUACUGGAUUCUCUACAAACAUUGAAUGAAAAUGAUAAGCAUUGUACUAUAGCAUUUGAUGCUAUGUUUAUCAGAAAACAGAUUAUUUGGAACGAUAAAAAUAACAAGUUUCUAGGAUAUUGUGACUUUGAAAACAAGUUAGAUAUUGAAGGUAAUGAAACUCUAGCUACAGAAGUUCAGGCUGAAUUAGUUAAAACAGCCUUAACUCUAACACAUAAUGCCGGUCUUAAAGUUUUAGGUGUAGUUUGUGAUGGAGCAUAUACCAAUACAUAA